AUGAAAGCAGUAGUCGUCGCAGCUCUUUUGGCUGCUCUCGCAGACGGUGCCGCGACGCGACACGCCACCCGAGCACCCAAGGCGAAUGGGAAAUCUUUCACACUGAAUCAAAUUGAGAAUAAAAACUUCAAGGGACAUGAUGGGCCGAUGGACCUUUUGCGGGCUCACAUGAAGUACGCACAGAAACUACCUGCCAAUUUGUCCAAGGCUUUGGAAAGCAAUCCAGACUUGCGUAUCAAGUUUGGCAUGUACAACCAAGGAGAUGGGCAAACAGGAACCGUUCAAGCACUACCUGCCCGUUCAGACUCAGAAUAUGGUAUCAUCGUGGACAUCGGUACACCACCGCAGUCUAUUCCUCUAAAUUUGGAUACAGGGUCUUCAGAUUUUUGGACAUUUUCAACGGACACCACCGACACCAUGGUAAAAGGCCAGGUUCUUUACAGGCCGAAUGAUUCAUCAACUAUGAAGUUUUUGGACGGCGAAACGUGGAAAAUAAAAUACGGCGACAGUGCUCACGCCAAUGGUUACGUGUACACCGACAGGGUACAAAUUGGAGAUACUUAUGUAAACGAUCAAGCGGUGCAAGUGGCUGUGAAUGUGUCCGAUGAUAUUUCCAGGGACAACUUUGUAUCCGGAAUUUUAGGGUUGGCAAAUAGCGCUGCUAAUACCGUCCGACCGACCCCUCAGCACACGUACAUCGACAACAUCAAGGACCAGCUCUCUCUACCUAUUUUCACAGCCAACUUACAACGAAAUGCCCCUGGCAACUACAACUUUGGAUACAUCAACAAAUCCGAGUACACGGGCAACAUUCAAUACGCUCAAGUCGACCCGACCAGUCCGUUCUGGAGAAUCUCACCCACGGGGUACAAGAUUGCUGAGACGGAGCACGACGAGAUAAUUGAUGCAAUUGUCGACACGGGCACUUCACUACUUUUACUUCCUGAUAGCGUCGUGUACGACUACUACGGGCAGGUUCCUGGUUCUCUUUAUGACCUUUCACACGGCAUGAUGGUAUUCCCUUGCGAUGCAGAGCUACCCGACUUCUAUCUUACGAUUAAGAAAUAUCAAGGCAAGGUUCCUGGACGUUAUAUGAUCUACGGCAACGAGAAUCAAGAGUACUGUUUCGGCGGUCUUCAGUCAUCGGCUGGCCUCCCGUUUUCUGUCCUGGGCGAUGUUUUCUUGAAGGCACAGUUUGUUGUGUUUGACUAUGCGGAUGGCAUUGUUGGGUUUGCCAAUAAGGACUUGCAAGGGUGA